UGAAAAUAAUAUUAUGGAUAUACAGGUGCAGUUGGGUUGAGAGGAAAUUAAAACAUUGAUUCGGAAAAAUGGGUUCGAUUGCUGGCAGAGACAAUGGGAUGAAAGUAGUAAGGGCAAACAUUUUUAUAGUACAAGGAAAUCUGUACGGGAGAUAAUGUCAUAUAAUGGGAACAGAAGGGAGGGAGUUAUGUUGUGUAGGAUCAGAUUAGGGCAUACGGAAUUGAAUCCUCUUGGAAAUUGAUAGGGAAGCAUGGUACUGGAAUGUGUAAUGGCUGUAUGGUAUUUUGUGAAAUGUGUGAUGUAGAAAGGGAGAGGUUGUUUGACAGGACGGGAAUAGGGAGAAGGUGGUAUUUUAUGUGGGGAUGAUGGGAGUAGUGAGGUUUGUAGGGAAUUAUUUUAUUUUAUUAGAAGUUCAGGGUUAGUUGAGAGAAUAUAGUGGUAUAGAUAGGUCAUGACCGGCCUCACACUCCAGAACAGUAGGUGGUGGUGUAUGCACCUGCGAGUUGGUUGCGAUUCGCCAAUAAAAACUUAAAGAAGAAGUGCAUGUCAGAGCAGAAUCUAUACCAUGAAGUCCAAGGAACUCUAGUUCUCUGAGAUACAAUUGUGAUGAGGCAUAUAGCUGGGGAAGGGUAUAAAACAAUGUCUAGAGUGUUGAAAGUUUCUGAGAGCUCAGCGGUCUCCAUCGUUGGGAAAUUGAAAAGAAUGUGGAGCUACCCAGACUCUGCCUAGAGCUUGCCUUCCGACCAAAUGGAGCAACCGGGCAAGUAGGACCUUGGUCAGGGAGGUGACCAAGAACGCAAUGACCACUCAGAGUGCCUUGGCUGUGAUGGGAGAACCUGCCAGAAGGACAACAGUCUCUACAGCACUUCGCCAAUCUGGGCUUUAUGGGAGAGUGGCCAGAUGGAAGCCACUCCUGAGAAAAAGGCACAUGACGGCAUGCCUGGAGUUUGCAAAAAAAGGAAUGUGAAAGACAGAUCAUAAGGCAAAAUAUUCUGUGGUCUGGUGAGACAAAUUGAACACUUUGGCCUGAAUGCAAAGCUCUAUGUCUGGAGAAAACCAGACACAGCUCAUCACCCGUCUAACAUCAUCCCUACUGUGAAGCAUGGUGGGGGCAGCAUCAUGCUAUGGGGAUGCUUUUCAGCAGCAGGGACUGGAAGACUGGCAAGGAUAGAUGAAACAAUGAAUGGAGCCAAAUACAGGCAAAUACUUAAUGAGAACCUGGUCAGAGUGCAAAUGACUUUGGACUGGGGUGAAGAUUUGCAUUCCAACAGGACAGUGAACCUAAGCAUACAGCCAAAGCAACAUUGGAAUGGCUUCAAAACAAUAAAAGUUAUUGAGUCACCCAGCCGAAGCCCAAACUUGAAUCCCAUUGAAAAUCUGUGGAAAGACUUGAAGAUUGCUGUUCAUCGCCGCUCCCCAUCUGACUAAACAGAGCUUGAGAAAAUCCCCAAAUCCAGAUGUGCAAAGCUGAUACAGACAUACCCAAGACAACUCAAAGUUGUAAUCACCUCCAAAGGUGCUUCUACAAAGUAUUGACUCAGUGGUGUGAAUACUUAUUUAAAUGAGAUAUUUAAGUAUUUCUCAUUAUGAGGUACUGUGUGUAGAUGGGUGAGAUUUUAUUUUGUUAGAUACAUUUUGAAUUCAGACUAACAACACAAUGUGGAAUAAGUCAAGGGUUAUGAAUACUUUCUGAAGGCACUGUACAUCACUCCUCUUCUCUUCCUUGAAUUAAUUGCAGACAUGAGAAUGUUGAAUUAGUGAUAACAUUACGGUGUAUUUUAUUUUUUGUGUACUUUUGUGAUCUAGGGAGGCAAUGAUUGAUCUAAACUUCAGAUUUGCACCAGUAGUGCUGUAGCAGCACCACCAGCUCUGCAGUCUAUUACAUGUAGGUGCUGGGCUUUAAUAGAAAUGCACACACUGGAGGACCUCCAACAAUAGAUUGGGAAAUACUUAUUCAAUCUGAUCAAUGAUUAGUAUGAAAAGGGAUUAGAGAUUAAUUAAUUUUGCCUAUUAAUAAUCAGCCCUCUUCUCAAAAGCAGCACAGCCGGCGUCACCUGCAGGAUCGCGACGACCUGUGCCUGCCGCUCCAGUAGGGGGCGACAAUGCUAAAUGUAUUAAACCGUGCACGCACAAAGACUGACAGCGCUCUUUGUCUUGUUUACUUUGUUUACGUUGGUAGCUCGCUGGCUAACUUGGCUAGCGAGACAGCUUUUCUUCUCAAAAAAUGUCUAAAAUGGAGUACUUGAGAGUGUUUCUCAACCAGAAAUUAAUAGCUGCAGCUGAAGAGAUAUUUGGUGUCGUUGAAGAAACGAUAGCAGAGUACCAGGAAGAGGUUUCUCACACAAAGGAGGAGAACAGGCGUCUACGGAGCAUGCUGGAUAUUCGUUCUAAGCCACAGAUCAAGUUACACAGACGAACAGACCCCCAGCAGCUCACUGUCACCGUGUCUGAUGAGCAGCAGGAGUGGAACCCCAGUCUGGGGCAGAAGGACCCAGAACCCACACUGAUGAAAGAUGAACAGAAUGAACCAAGGACCAGUCAGGAGGAUGAGAAUCAUUUCAACGAGUUUAUAAAUUCUUACGGCUGUGUAUCAAGUGACUAUUAUCAGGACCCAACUCAGUCCUCACUUGAAGAGAGAUACUCUCUACCCAGCACCUCAACUGAACAGAUCAAAACAGAACCUUAUGUAGAAGACUAUGGUGUAUCAGAACCAACCAGAGAGCCCCAGCCCUUCUCUGCAGUAGAUACAGAGUGUUCUGCAGCUCAGAGUGAAAACAGAGGGCAUAUUGACAGGAUGGAGAGUGGAGGACCUCUGUCAGGUCUAAUGUUAAAGCCACUCAAAUCAAAGAGAACAAAGACAGUAAAAGGACAAAGUUGUCAUAGUGUUAAGGACAGGAAAUUGAACCAUCUAAAAUCACACUCGAGACCCAGUGUAAGCUGGGAUGCUGCUCCUAGUUGUAAGGUAUGUGGAAAGCAAUUUGACUCCAUGGCUUCUUUAUUAAAUCAUGUGCAAACGCACACACAGGAUAAAGAACAUCUUUGUGGUGUGUGUGGAAAAUUCUGUCAGUCCACAGAAAGUAUGAUGGAUCACCUACAAACUCACAUUGGAGCAAAGUGUUGUCACAUUUGUGGUAAAUAUUUUGCUUGGGAUACUUUCCUGAAAAGGCAUUUGAGGAGUCAUACAGGGGAAAAGCCGUUUCACUGUCAUGAUUGUGGCAAAGGAUUUACUCAGCGUGGACACCUAAACUUACAUAUGAGGAGCCACACUGGGGAGAAACCACAUCAAUGCCAGGAUUGUGGCAAAUGUUUCAGCCAGAAUACAUCUCUGAUAGUGCACAUGAGGACUCACACAGGGGAGAAGCCAUACAUUUGUCCUGUAUGUAGAAAAUGCUUUACCACAUCAAGUAUGUUAAAGAAGCAUCACACAGCUCACAAACAUAUAGGUGUCUUGAAUGUGGCCAAUGCCACAAUGGAUACAGACCAUAUGGAGCCACAUGAAGAGAGUUUACAGAGAGAAGAACACAUGACUGUUCCCUGUGUGGGGGGAGAGAAUCAGACAGCAGACUGAGAGAUACGUGAGAGGAGAAUCAGGACAUAGCCCUCCUCAGGACACUGCUCUCUGAUUAAUAUCAUGUUCUAACAGAGAGCAGUUAGUGGGUUUCUGAGCAACAGGAGUCCCUGCUCAUUAGUUAUAGGAUGACACAGAGGACAUGGUGUGAUCCACUGUUCUCUGUCUGUAUAUAAACCUUGCAUUGGUCUUUAGAGUAAUAUGUCUUGUUCAUAUAUGGUAAUAUGUCACAAUACAUCUGCCCUGAUGUUGCAAACAGCCUAGUAUUCAGAAUGUUUGUUCCCUUGUGUUUAGUGUGGCAAGAUCUUCCAUACACUAAAUUCCAUACUUACCUCUGAGCCUAAUGCCAAAAUGCACCAAGGGAAAAAAUAUAUAUUUCAUGUGUAUUUACAUGUAUUGAGAAUUGGUAUGAUACAGUUACGCUAUGUUCAAGGGGAACCAAAUAUACCACCUGAAAUGAGAGCUUCUUCUUUCAACCAACCCAGAUUUUGUACAUUCCCAGACAUCCAUAAAGUAUUACAGAAUAAAUGGCUGAUGUGUUAA